AUUUUAACAAAAUAUUUUGUCGAAAAAAUAUGAUGAAAAAAAAAAAAAACCCCUCCUUUGUCAAAAAAAAAACAAAAACACAACUAAAAAUCUAAAACCAUUUUUCAUGAUAAACAACUAAAACCCUACAAACAACAAAGCUCAGUAGCUCCAUCAGCCGGAGUUACUCGUCGGCCGCCGGAAUUCUUCCAUCUUUUCCUUUUUUAUUUUCGUCGCAGAAGAGCUCAGCUUCAUUUCGCACCACCAUUCUCCGCCGUCAUCCCCGUGUCUGGCGUUCAUCACUUUCGGUUUACAAGGAGCAAUAAAUUUUAUCUGAAAAUGAUUUUCCGGAUGAAAGACAGGUUUGGUUUAUUGACCAUGCAUACCCCUAUUCGGAGGUGCCUGCAAGCAUUAAACCGUGAACCGCAACCAACAUUGUCUCUAUUCAAAGACCCAUCAUCUCUCCGCUCAUUCUCUGUGGCUGCUUUUUCCAACCAUAACAUUUCAUCACCCCUUCCCAUUUUCACCAAUUCCAAACCCGCAUCUGCUUUUGGAAAAUGGCACGACCCGCGCUAUUUCUCUACUUCCAAACAAGACGAUCACACCAAAAAAGCCGAUAUACAUGAAGAAAUAGAAGAUGAAGAUGACAGCGAUGACAAUUAUGAUGAUGAAGACGAGGAAGACUAUGAAGAUGAUGAUGAUGAAUGUGUUUCUGUAUCAAGUAGUAAAAAGGUGUACACGGCAGAGGAGAAGGAAGCAGAAGCAACAGCUAUUGGAUACAAAGUGGUGGGGCCCCUACAAAAGGACGACCAGGUUUUUAAGCCAUAUGAGCCUGCUUUUGCCGUUGUUCAGAUUGGUUCACAUCAGUUUAAAGUGAGCAAUGGGGACAGCAUUUUCACUGAAAGAUUGAAAUUUUGCGAAGUGAACGAUAAGUUGAUUCUGAAUAAAGUUCUGUUGCUUGGAUCUGCUAGUCAGACAAUUAUUGGCAGACCCAUAGUGCCUGAUGCAGCUGUCCAUGCUGUUGUUGAGGAGCAUGCACUAGAUGCGAAGGUAAUUAUUUUUAAGAAAAAGAGAAGGAAGAAUUACCGAAGAACCAAAGGGCAUCGUCAGGAGUUGACCAAGUUAAGGAUAACUGAUAUUGAAGGUGUUGAGAAACCUCAGAUCGAAUUGGCUGAAAAGCCUUCAGAAUCUGCUAAAAAGGAACAGGAAAAGGUUCCACUUAGUGCUUAAAAAGGAUGUCUGGCUGACGGUAAUUGCUAUCUUUAUGUCUUAAACGAGGUUUUGACAGUAGGUAUGAAAUGAGAAUAAUUGUAUUACUCAGAAGCUCCAUUUUCAUCUUCAAAUUCUUAGUAGAUGGAAGUAGUCAGCCACACUUUUGGUAGUCAUGUUUUGUAGGAAUGACUUCACAAAAUUCUCCUUUCCUCUCCUUGUAAUGCUGGAUUCAGUGCUUUAGUAGUUGAGCAUAAAUCCGUUUAUUCUUAAAUAAAUAGGUUUCAAGGUCUCAAGAAAUUUAAUAUUUUAUUCUUGGUUAAAACAUGAAACUAUAUCAUGUAUUGUACCGGUUUUAGACAGAAAUAUAGGUAUGCAAAUUUCAUUAUUAAGGAGAAAAUUUGUCCUGAUUCAAAUCCUAUUCUGCAGACAAUAUCUCGAUUUAUAUUACGACCAGGAAUCAGGAUACCUUGUAUGAAUGUCUAUUUCUGUAAGCUAAUGAAAUCAUAUGAUGAAUCAAAUUAUAGAGUGCAGUUGACCUUCAA